AUGUCAGACGGCACCACAUCAUCUGUAAUUGCAUCAGAGUCUCCCACAACAACUGACCCAGCACGCCUCGAUGAGGAGACUGUCAUCAACGGAAUACAACGUCUGUCCAUCCAGGACACACCAUGGGGUUCAUCCUCUUCUUCGAUCAAUUUAGUGAGCCAAUCAUUGACUCCAAAUAACUCUCAACGUCGAAGCUAUACAAUUACACGAGGAAGAAAGAUCUUUUUUCAUAAUUUAGAUGAACAACAACCAACGACUGCAGCUGGAGUGUUGCUAUUCAAAUAUCAUGAAGAUUUGAACAAGACUCUCUUUCUAUUGGGAAAGGAAUACGAAAAUGGGUGGUGUCAUUUUGGAGGAAAAGUUGAAUUAGAAGAUUCUUCAAUUUCUGAAACUGCAGUCAGAGAGUUUAAUGAAGAAACCUAUGGUACCUUAUCAAAAAAGGAUAUUGACAGAAUGAAAAACAAUAUAGACAAAGGAUUUUGCAAACGCUAUUACCUCAAACAUUCCAAGCAAGUGAUUUAUUUGGUUUGUUGGAAUCAAUGCCCAAGCUUGGAUCAAUUCGCCACAAAUAUGGAAAAGCCACAGAGUCGUUUUUUUAAGGAAAUUUCAGAGUUCAAAUGGGACGACUUGCAAAUGGAAGAAACGGAAUACAGAAACUUCUUUGGAAAAUUUUUAAAACAGCAUAAACACAAGAUUAUUGAGUAUGCUGAAAAGACAGCCAAAAAACUUUACAACAAACAGAAAAAGUAG